CUCUUAACACUAUUCCGCUAAAAAUAAUAAUUUAUUCAUUUAAAAAAAUUAUUACUGGUUGUUGCUAUAAUAAAUGAAAAACUUACAAGUAGAUUUGAAAAUUUUAAAAUAGCGCAUUUGGCAUCUAAAAUGUUCCCGCCAGAAAGCACCUCCUACAAUCAGCCUCCCAGCCCUGCACUUUCACUUUCACAGUGCCCCUCAUUUACACUUCCGUCCCUAGCUGAUUUAAACAACCACAAAUCUUGAAAUUUCAACAUGUACGGCAAAAAGGCAAGCGAAUUGGUCAAAGAAUUUGCUAGCAGCGAACCCGGCCAGCUCUCCGCCUUUAAUAAUGAUCUUUUUUCUCAAGUACUGGAAGAAUGUAAUGGUCAUCUCCUUCAUCUCCAAUCCUUAUUGAGGAAAAUGCAAGAAGAUGGACCAGAUAACCAAACAUCAAGAAAUGCUGAUCACUUUGGGGCACUUAUGCAUCAUCUUUCAAUAGUCAGGAAUAAGCGUUGUUUAAUGGCCUAUGUGUAUAACCGAGCAGAAGUUAUUCAACAUCUGGGAUGGACAAUUGAGCGUGUUCUUCCUGAGGAGAUUGAAGAGAAGCUCAGCAACCCAGAAAAAGAUUAUUUUAAGAAUCAUUCUGCAACUCUGCAAUCAUACAUGUCUGAACUGGAUCUUGAUUUGGCUGUUGAUAUGGUUCCCCCAAAGGAUCCCUACAUCAAGGUGAGAGUCCUUGAAGAAAUUGGCAAUGUCGUACUCAGUGAUCAGUUUGCAAACCUUGCUCGUCAUGCAAUUCUCUUCCUUAGGCGAACUGAUGCGGAACAUUAUAUCUCCCAGGGAUUAAUGGAAGAGCUCAGUAGCUGAACAAGUUCUCUUAUAGUAGCAUGAUGCUGGAAGCCUGGAAUGCAUAUAUGUUAUGUGGAUUGUGAUGUAAAAGAUUGUUUGUAGCAGGUUUAUUGCAAUUCAACUAGGACAGAGUGGUUCACCUUGAUGUUUUUGCAUCCUGCUAGGAAAAACUUGUAUUAUGAUUGAGCUAUAAUAUGUUUAUAUCCAUGGAUAUCACAAAUUUUAAUAGCAGAUCUUUUUUGUAAUCGUAUUAAUUUGAACUAUGUACUUUUAAAAAAUGGCUUAUAAAAAUAGGUUGAAAAGCUAUAACCAUUUUGGCUGCAUAGAGGGACUGUACGAAAAGUUGAAAGAACUAAUGUAAAUUGUGAACUAGGAUCUGUGACAGAAUUUAAGUUGCAAAUUGUGGAAUGUGUGAACUUAUUAGGAUUACAUCAGUGCAAAUAAUGGUAGACUAGAAUCAUAUGCAUCUGUUGUUAUCAGCCAAUCGUUUACACCACAAUAGUAGCUGCUACUGAAUACUGAUUAUGAGCAAUGAUGAGAACACAUAUAAUAAAGUAAAAGCCUCCAAGUGUAUGGAUAGGAUCUGAUCUUUCAUUCUGCAUCUUGCUUCCUGUUGUAAAGUAAGAGCCUCCAGUGUACGGAUACGAUCUGAUCUUUCAUUCUGCGUCUUUAUUGAGCUGAAACUUAUCUAUACCGUUACCUAUUCUCUGAUGUUGAAGAUAUCAGGUUAAUCAUGUGAUAAGGCAUAUGGAAGACUCAUUUCUAAAAGCCCAACAUUCCUGAUUGAGAACUGGUCAAGGUGGUCUUACCUGUAAGUUGGAGGAUCUGGAACUGCAGAACCUGUUUUUCUGGAAAGCUAGCUUUGCAUAUGCAACAUCCAAGCAGUAGGUAUUGUUCUACUCGACUACAACUUCACCCUCAAUUAUACUCACCCACGGAUCAACCUUUUCUCACUUUCUUUUUCUUGGUCCAACUUCUACAUUUGUAAUUACUUUCGAAACAUGGUAAACUGAUGCACUAGUACCCAACUUGAUGAUCAUAUUCCUUGGCUUAUCAUGAUGGUUAUGACUUGAGUGUUCUGUACACCUUCUAUACUUAGUUUCAGUACUGUAUGAUUUUGAAUUUAUGAUUUGUAUUUUGUAUCUGAAUACGAGUCUUUGGUUUUUUGUUUCU